AUGGCGACGUCGGCGAGUUAUUCGUUUAACAUCAAUUUAUUAAAUUCUGACGAACAGAAAAAAUUUCAAACGGUUUACAAUGAUUUAAAGUCUCGUCAUGAAACUUAUUUGGACUACAAGCGAAACUUGCUAGGCAAAGAAAAAUUUCACGAAGAAGAAGAGGAAAAUGAAUGGCGCUACGAAAUACAUCGACAUCUUCGUGCGCGAAAAUGGAAUGUAUCCAAUACAAUCAAAUCUCUUCUUGAAAUGAUUCAAUGGCGAAUCGACAAUCAAGUCGAUUCUAUCCUUGACGACCCGUCUGUUCAACAACGAAUGAAUUAUUUUCGAAAAUGUAUACCCAAUGCUUUCCAUGGUUACACUAAAGCUCAACGCCCAUUAUACAUCGAACAAACCGGUCACAUAAAUGUCGAUGACAUCAUGAACAACUUCACACAUGAUGAAUUAAUUCAAUGUCAUAUCUAUUGGUUCGAAUACAGCUGCCGAUUAGCUCGUGAACAUAGUCGACAGCUCGGGCAAUAUGUCGAAAGCAUCGCGGGAAUAUAUGAUCUACACGGAAUGAAAAUGGAUGUACGAAAGUUAUUGAAUACAUGCAAACAAUGUUUGUAUAUUGAUGAUAAUUAUUAUCCUGAACGUUAA